UGUUCACUGUGUCAUAACCACAAUGGGUGUGGUACUUCUGUUACUGUUAAGAAUAGUUAUCAACAUGUAAAUGGAUUGUCUUCAGUCGAGGAUUUGUCUCAACAUACCAGCUUGUUCUUGUUUUCCAACUUUCAGACAAAUCCCCUCCAGCUGCAACAAGUAAUGGAACAAGAGGACCAUACUCUAAGAAGCAAAUUCUAUUUAUUAUUACCUGAAACCUGAUGUUGGCUCCAGUAGUUCGUUUCCUGACAUGAAGUCCUGAAAGGAUGCGGAAGAAACUUUGUUGAAGUUGCAGCAUGACAGAAUCCUCCGUUGAUUUUUAUUUAUUUAUUUUUUUCUUUAAAACUUGAUCUUUAAAAGUUUUUGAAAAUGGUGGGAGGAGGAAAAUCUGAUUCGGCUCCAACAGCUGUUAAGAUUUUUUCAGCAGGAUCCGCCGGUUGCAUGGCUGAUCUGGUCACCUUCCCGUUGGACACAGCCAAAGUACGACUACAGGUCCAAGGUGAAUCUAAGGCUCUAACAAAAGGGGAGAAGCCAAAGUACCGAGGUGUUUUUGGCACCAUCAUCCCUAUUGUGAGAAAUGAGGGGCCAAAAAAUCUAUACAAUGGGCUCCUGGCAGGUCUACACAGACAGAUGUGCUUUUCCUCAAUACGGAUCGGUCUGUACGACACCAUGAAGCAGCUCUAUGCCAACGGAUCAGAGAAUCCUGGACUCGGGACCCGACUUCUGGCGGGCUCCACCACAGGAGCGAUGGCGGUGGCUUUUGCUCAGCCCACCGACGUGGUGAAGGUCAGGUUCCAGGCUCAGAUUCAUCGGCCUGAGCACGGUUCUGUGAAGAGGUACAGCAGCACCACCAAUGCUUAUAAGACCAUAGCAAGAGAUGAAGGCCUCAGAGGGCUUUGGAAAGGAUGUCUGUUGAACAUAACUCGCAACGCAAUUGUGAACUGUUCCGAGCUGGUGACGUAUGACAUUAUUAAAGAGCAAAUCCUGAAGAGCAAACUGAUGACAGACAGCAUGCCUUGUCACUUCACUGCAGCCUUCGCAGCAGGCUUCUGCACCACAAUCGUUGCGUCUCCAGUGGAUGUGGUAAAAACCCGCUUCAUGAACUCAAUUCCUGGGCAGUAUAGCGGUGCCGUAAAAUGCGCUCUGACAAUGCUGCUUCAGGAGGGGCCCUCAGCUUUCUAUAAGGGCUUUAUGCCUUCCUUCCUGCGCCUUGGAUCCUGGAACAUAGUGAUGUUUGUCAGCUACGAGCAGAUUCAGAGAGCUGUGAUGAGAUUUCAGCGCUCCUGGGAGCAUUGGAUCCGAACAGUUUGAUUGCUGGUUAACAGCUGGAAUGUUGGUAGUGAACAGUUGCAAAGUAUUUAACCAGAGAAGCCAUUCUUGAAAGGCCAUUCUUCAGGAAUGAUUGAUGAUCAUUACUAAUGUAAUAAUUGUAACGUUUUUUUUGUGUUUUUACUGAACUUAUUAUUUUAGAAAAAGUUUGAUAACCAGAGGAACUUUAUGACCAUUAAAACAAUCAGAUUAAUGUGUUGGAUCAGAACUUUUAAAAGUUAUUCAGCAUGUCAGCACAGUUACCCUUUCUGAAAAGUCUGAAUAUUAAGAUUAGACUAACACAGUUUAAUGUGGUUCUGCCUCUACCAGUUCAACAGGACCACAGCAGGUUUGGAUGUCGGCUUAUUUUCAGGUUUCAGGUAAAGGAUCCAGUAAGAAGAAGUUCUUUCAAAUACUCUGAAAUACCCCAACAUUAAAUAGUAAAUCAUUUAUUA